AUGCUUGCAGUACGUCCAGUGGAUACUGGAUCAGGUCGUGCACUGCCCUCUGAUCUGCUCCUGUUAUGCACUUGUGCCUCCAUUUUUACGACCCUUUUUUCGUCGUACUCUGUGAUCCGCCAGCUGAGCCACUAUUAUAAGCCAUACUUGCAACGAUAUGUGGUGCGCAUUCUUGUAAUGCCUUUGCUCUAUGCAAUUGCAUCCACCAUCUCGCUUUUUUCCUUGCAACUCGCAGAAAUGAUCGAUUUGGGAUUUGUCAUAUACUGUUUCUACAAUCUCUUGGUCGAGUAUCUUGGGGGCGAAGAUGAGAUUCUCGAGAUGCUUCGCAAUAAGCCGCGGACCCCACAGCUGUAUCCACUUUCGUUGUGCCUGCCCCCUGUGGAUAUGAGCAACCCCCGUGCACUUCUUGCUAUAAAAUGGGGUGUGAUGCAGUAUGUACAACUGAAACCUGUGCUUGCGUUUGCGACUAUAGUCCUGCGACUGCUAGGCAAGUACCAGGACGGCCGACUCGCGCUCGGUAAUGGAUAUACUUGGAUCGCUUCUUUGUACAACAUCUCCGUUUUUGUUGCGUUGUACGCAUUGACGUUGUUUUUUACAGCGUUUCACAAAGAGCUCGCGCCUUUUCAUGCGCUGUUUAAAUUCAUCUGCGUCAAAAGUGUCAUUUUCUUCAGUUUCUGGCAAGGGCUUUGCAUCUCGAUUCUCGUGGCGUUGGGGUUCAUCCAGCAGAUUGGUUCCGUCGUAGACAAUGUCUACCUGUCUGCAGCAUUGCAGGACACACUCAUCACGAUGGAAAUGCCUAUAUUUGCGGUGCUGCAUGCAUAUGCAUUUUCGUACAAGGACUUCGAGCCAAAGAAACCGCUAGUUGGCUGCCUUCCUUUCAGCUACGCGAUCCGCGAUAGUUUUGGCAUUGGCGAUUUGGUCGCUGGUAUUAUCGCAACAUUUCAUGGGUUAACUGAGGCACCUGAAAGUGAUGCAGUUUGUGAUACGACACCGCUGUCCUAUGACUAUGCGUCUGUGCCAGCGUAUACUACAGCUCAAAAUAAUAACGCAGGUCUACAAUUUGACGAGCCAUCCGCUGACGAGGAACGGCUCUAUGCGCUUUCCCGAAAACGUAUUACUAGUGAGGCAGGAUACCCCUAUGUACGUUAA